UACUGGCAGUGAAGGCCCCGUCAUAUUAGUGACCCACCAAUCAGCAGAGUGUCUGCAGGUGAGCAACGGGAAGACACGUGGUGUGGUUCUCCACGGUAGGAUUAACAAGAUGGAAAACAAGUGCAGCCAGAGUCAUUACCUUUGGCUGUGUGGGUUGUCACCAAGUCCUGCUAGAAAAUCUAAUGAGCAUCUCCGUAAAGCUGGUCAACAGAAGGAAGUAUGAAGAGCUCUAGAGUGGCUGUGUUGGCUGUGGACCUGAGAAAACCCAGUGGACCAGAACCAGCAGGUGCAGAACAUAGAGCGAGUGCAGGCUCUGGAAGCCUGGCUGGAAAUGACCAACACCAAGCUGACCCAGGUUAACGGGCAGAGGAAGUACGGAGGACCACCUGAGGGGUGGGACGGUCCAACCCCAGGCGAGCGCUGUGAGGUCUUCAUCAGCCACAUCCCUCGGGACGCCUACGAGGACCUGCUCAUCCCCUUGUUCAGCUCUGUGGGACCUCUCUGGGAGUUCCGCCUCAUGAUGAACUUUAGUGGCCAGAACCGGGGCUUUGCCUAUGCUAAAUACGGAACACCGGCCCUCGCCACCGAAGCCGUCCUCAAGCUGAACGGCUACAUGCUGGAGCCCAAGAGCUACCUCUGUGUCCGCCGCAGCACGGAGAAGAGACACCUCUGUAUUGGAAAUCUGCCGGCUGCCACUAAACAAGAAGACCUGAAGCAGGUCCUGCGGCGGCUGGUGGAGGGGGUGGAGAGGGUUUCUCUGAAGACCGGUCCUGGAAUAGAGGGGGUCUCUGCUGUGGUCGCCUUCUCCUCCCAUCAUACUGCGUCGAUGGCCAAGAAGGAUCUAGUGGCAGAAUUCAAGAAGCGAUUUUUAUUGGAGAUUUCCAUCAACUGGGAACCAGGAGAGAACCCAAACCCCAGCAAGACAUGUUCUUCUCCAGCCCCAAAGAUUCUGCUGCAGCCGUGCUUCGUGCCCUGCAGCCAGGCCGUCUCUCAGCCUUCUCCUCCGCCCGUCUCUCCAGGGUUCUGCAGGGCGGUGGGGGAACCAGUCUCCUCCCCGCACCCACACGUGUGUUACCCCGUCCCGGCCUCCCACCACCCCCAGCAACACCUGGUCUGCACGCCGUCUCCGACGAUGCUCCUCCGUAAGGUUUGCGAGGCCAACGGGUUUGGCCAGCCGUUGUAUGAUCUACACUACAGUUUGGCCAGACCGGAUGGUUUCGUCAAAUUUACCUACAAAGUUCUGAUCCCUGGCAUCAGCAGCGCCUUCAGGGGGAAGGUCAUGGUGCUGCCAGGACCCAGUGUCAGGGUCAUGAUGGAGGAGGCUCAGCGGGCCGCCGCCCAGCAGCUGCUGCAGAAGUUGUUCCACAACCAGCAGGUGCCCUGAACACCCCACCGGCUUCCAGCUGCAACGUUCCUGUUUCACAUCUAUGUUUUACUGAACAAAAAAAAAAAGAUUUCAUUCUGUCAUUUCUUUUUUUUCUGCAUGUUUUUAAUAGUAUUAGUUAACUUGUGUGUCCAGUUUGAGUUUAAGAAGUUUGUUUGCAUGUUUUUUUUAAAAAUUAUUGUUUUAUUCUUGCUGUGUUCUGAGUUGCUCAUUUUAAUAAAAGAGAUUUGCUAAAAAAAAACAAAAGGGUGGUGUUUUAGGUCCUAAGUUGUGUUUUUUACCUCAAAGCAGGGUUUCAAAUUAAUUUUCCUUUCAUGUCACAUCAAGAUCACGACAGUCUUCAAAUGGUUGGUUUUGGCAGAAUGCAUUGAUAAAACUUAAGAUAUUAAAGCUGUCUCUGC